AUGCGGCUGAGCCGUAGUGAGACAAAUGAAAGCCAUAAUUCUAUCCAGGCCGUUUCCGGUCCUGGAGCCUGGACGUACUUGACUAGGACGAUGACUGCGCCCCUGAUACAAAAUAGAGACUACGACGUUACCAUGGACCUGAAGCUCUAUCAUAUGGACCAGCCGCCUCCUUUCAACUUCUGCACCACACUUACUUGUCAUGGAAACCCGUCUGACUCGGACACGAUUUUGACAUUUCAACGCAUAGACAAAGCAACACCUACGUCAUCUUCUGGGGCGAAGGCUAAUGCCACGUCUUUUCCAGUGACGGGAAGUCCUGCGGGAACCAUCGGGUUCGCCGUGCUGUUGAAGAAAUGCGGCUUCAACGCCAACGCCAACGUUGGGAUGCACGGUAUCACCAUGGCUAAGAUCAAAGAGGGGAUGGUUGCAAUUGGUCUGGCCAAGGAGUUUGACAUAUGGAGUUCUCCGUCAUCUAUGCUCCUCGACUAUGACCUUACUCUUUUGGAAUACGUGGAGCAGGUAUCGAAGCUUACGAAAAGUUCCCAGUCGGAUGUGAGAAUUUACUACGGUCUGAAGAAGGAUCACAACGCGCAGACAGUACAGGACAUCUACAAGACUGGAGAUUUCAUCAUCAGGAUCGUCCAAAUCAAGAAUGAUAAGUCGCAGGCGAUUCAGGCUCUCAGAGUGAUGAAGUCGCCUCCAGAAGAUGCACGUGCAGGCGGCCACAUCAUUGAUAUCCAUGACCUAGGCUCUCGGACACUCUGGGACUUGAGAGACGGAAUUAGCGCAAUGCAAGUCUACCAUGUUCUUGGCUCACUCUAUAAACAUCAUUUUUGCCUGCCGGAUGAAACCCCUCUUUCGGAUAAAACCAGAUUCGACGACUACAUCAAGAUGCUUGAUGAGACAUGUCCAUAUGAGAGUAGCGUCCCAUCGAUCAACCUCAGGUUUAAAGACGCUUCAUCUUGUUUCGAUGAAGAUCAGCCAAAGACAGUUUUGACAGCUUUGGGUGGCAAUAAAGCAGUUCAAAAGGCUGAGACCUCCAGGUUAGAUAUCUCACCGUCAUCACUUGAUGAGUUGCAGUGGGAACUCGUCAUGAAGAACUGCCAAGUCAUGCACGGCUGGUAUAUUGAUCCGGUCAGCACUGAGAUCAAAAUGGCACCAAAACCGGCAUUCCGUCUCAAGUCAGGAUUGAAUCUUGACUACAGCCCAGAUAGCACAGUCUCCACUGCAGAGGUUGAGAUCGCCAUUCCCAAUUACGGGGUCACGGACGGUUCAAAAAUUGAUGUCGUCACUACUGAGAGCGGAAUCAAGCACUCUCUUGUUCGCAAUAGCUUUGACAAGGCUUCUAUGGAUAACAAAAUCGCCCUCGGUUACUCAGGAAUCGGUAUCAACGUGGCUAGCGGAAAGUCCUUCGACUCCCAAGGUGAGCAGUCGUCAGGGAGCAACAGGUCCAUCAAGAGCAUGAUCGGUAUAUACAAGCUUCCCCGAGCUACUUUGUUUCUUAACGCGGAUGAUCUCGUUCCGACCAAAGCAUUCACAGAUGGCAUUGAAAAGAUCAAGGAGCUAGGUGAGGGAGCGGACGAGACAGACGUUCGCAAAUUUUACGAAAGAUUUGGACAAUUUUUCUGCCACGAGGUCAUUCUCGGGGGAAUGUUGCUUUCGACAAAAGCUCUGGUUGGCAACGAAUCCCAGGACGAAGAAAAAAGCCGGUGUUCCUUUAAGCACGCUAUCGGGAUGUCUGUCUCCUCUCCUGUGGAAGUCAUCAUUGGGGCGGAGUCAAAGAAAGAAAUCGCAUCAGGUACCGAUCAGAGCAUUGUUCGCAGCUACAAAGAUAGCGAUGACAGUGUGGUGUUCGAAGCAGUUGGUGGGAAUACCAUCUUGGCUUCCAAGUACGAGCCCUUGGCUCCAAAACUCCUUGGGGAUUACAACAAUUGGAGAGUUAUCGGGAGACAAGAGAUGAAGUUGAUCCUCGACUCAUUCGAAGAUAGUGGAGAUAAUAAGCUCCAAGAUGUCGUCGACUUGUUCACUAAAGCAUCUCAACUUACUGUCUCGAAGUUCAUUGACAUUCCAAAGUCAGCAAAAAUCAUUGCGCAAUUUCGAUUCAAGACGAAGAGUACGAAUGCGGACAAAACACACUACCUUCGUCAUGACAUCUACAAACUCAUUGACUUUGGACCUCGAUCUGCGAGCGAGCAGAGAAUUAUGCCACAGAAAUUUCAGGGGCCGCGAGUCGAGCCAUACGACCCUUCAUGGAAAGAUCAAGAUGGGCGAUCGCAAUUAGUCGAUGGCUCCAGGGUCACUAUCCGCUCCGGGCGCGAUUCACAAACCGCCUGGUAUCUCUCCGUCCUCAGAACUUCGGCGGGAAUCUUCGUUCCCUGUAUCACGACCUCGAAACACUUUGUAUGGAGAGUCCGAGAAGUUCUGCGGCCCAAUACCAGGAGCACCAUUGCUAAAGAGCCGUCACCCGACAAACCGCUUAGACACGAUGCGGUUCUAUGCUUGACUUAUGACUUUGAGGACAACCCCCGAGGCUACCGAGACUUCAAAGACGACGAUCGCGGCUUCCGGAAUGUAGAGUACCCGGACAAAGACACCACCCAGUUGGUGCUCGUUGAACCACGUAACAGAACGGAUAUAUGGCCGGAUCGCAGAGUUCUUCUUCUUGCCGACGGGGAACCCUUUUUUACAGAAUCUACUGCCAAAGUCGCGGACUUGAAUGAUUCCGAGAUCUCUGUGAGAAUUGCAAAGUUCAACAUCGACGUCCGUGACCAAAUGGAUGACGACUAUGAUAUCUUGCAAAAAGAUGGCGAUUUCAUCACGGCGAGACACGAGGAGCAGCAGAAGAAGUUGAAGACCAGAGAUGAGGGCACCCAAUACCAAAAUCACCCAAGCCCUCAAAGUUGCCCCCUGGCCAUUUCAUAUCUUGCCUCUUUGCUCGCAUGCUACAAUCCGGGCCACUUGAAAUAA